AAGCCGCUUAAGUCAAGGGGUCUUUGAAUUCUUCACAGUCUAGAGAAUACGUUUCUACGAUGAACUACUUCGUGCCGCUCUGCAUUUUCUUCUGCAUUUGCCUCUGGCAACUCGGCGAUGCUGCCCCCUACAUAAGCGUUCAGUCCAGUUCACGAUCGAGUUCCCAGAAAAUGAUGGGCGGCAUGCUAAGAACAUUAUAUGACUACAAUGUCCAGGACAAUGUGAACGAUUCGAGCGGGCAAUUGGUACACACUCACAAAGCAGACUUCAACUCGGAUGUCAUGAGUCCGCAUGAAGUAGAGAAAGUACGCCACCAACUGGCCAUCUCACCUGUAAUUUACCACCUUUAAAUCUCUUAAGAAGUGUUUGUUUUAUAUGAUUUUAAUACGCAUGCAUCUAUAUUAUAUAUAAUAUAAUUCAUUCAAAUUAUAUGAUAACCAAAAUAAAGUAUUUACCCUAUUAUAAGUGACUAA